AUGGCCAUCACACCAAAAUACCUCACUGGCGACUCUGCCGCAAUCACCGAGUUCAUUGACAAGUUCGAUACGUUUCUCUUCGACUGCGAUGGUGUCCUCUGGUCGGGCGAUCACAUCUUCGAGGGUGUGCCCGAAGUCAUCAGCCUCCUGAGAUCAAAAGGAAAGAGGACCGUCUUCGUGACCAACAAUUCAACCAAGUCUCGCUCCGAGUACCUCAAGAAGCUCACCAAGCUGGGAAUUCCUAGCGAGGUCGACGACAUCUUCGGCUCUAGCUACUCGGCCGCCAUCUACAUCGCCCGCAUCCUCAAGCUCCCGGAGGACAAGAACAAGGUCUACAUCAUCGGUGAGGCUGGAAUUGAGGAGGAACUCGAAUCCGAGGGUAUUCCGUACAUCGGUGGCACGGACCCUACCUACCGACGGGACAUCUCUCCGGAAGACUUCAAGGCUAUCGCUGACGGCUCCAUGUUGGAUGACGACGUCGGUGUCGUCCUGUGUGGCCUCGACUUCCACAUCAACUACCUCAAGCUCGCCGUUGGUAUGCAUUACCUGAAACGUGGAGCCAUCUUCCUCGCCACCAACGUCGACUCUACCUUGCCCAUGCACCACGACUUCUUCCUUGGUGCCGGGUCGGUCCAUGUCCCUCUGGUGUAUGCCUCGGGCCAACAGCCCUUGGCGUUGGGCAAGCCCAGCCAGGCUAUGAUGGAUGCUGUCGAGGGCAAGUUCCAGUUGGAUAGGGCUCGUACCUGCAUGAUUGGUGACCGACUCAACACUGACAUUAAGUUCGGUGUCGAGGGAAAGCUGGGCGGGACUCUGCAUGUUGCGACUGGCGUGAACCAAAAGGCAGACUGGGAGAAGGAGGACCCUAUCGCCAUUCCCUCGCAUUAUGCUGAUAAACUUAGCGACCUUCUAGGCGCUUGA